AUGUGGCAGGAAGCUAGAAAACAGGAAAAGCAUAUUCGUUCAGUCCUAUUUUUUCAGCGCCAAGAUCCAAUAAAGUUUAUUCGUGUUUAUGGUACAUCUGCCAAAAUAAACUUGGAUAUUGAGGUCAGAAAAGCUGCAGAAAAUCCCAAAAAUAUGAUGCCUUGGGUUGGUGAUCCAUCAAUUAUUAUUGAUCGCUUUGACGCAAGAGCAAAUUUAGAAAUGUAUUCUUCUACAAAGAAUUCAGAUAUUAAGCUUACUACACAAGAUAAGAUUGAAGAACGUCUUUGCAAUUACGAGCGCUAUAGAUGUCUUGCUCAUAACGACUUUUUAGGAGUUACCGAGUCUAUGGCACUGAAACAGAUUGAAAGGGAAGAAAAAUACGGCGAUUCACUGAACAAAAAACAAGAUGGUGAUUCCAAAGAUAAAAAACCAGAACCGAAGGCUGCUAUUGGUUUUGUUUAUGAAGAUGGCGAGAUUAUUGCGGGCAAAAUGCCCCAAUCAUCGAAGCAGACUGCGAAUUCGGACUCAGGUGGCUCAGAUAUUGACAGUGAUGUAGAUAUUGACGUAGAAUUGGAUUUGGAUUCACUCGAAGUAGAACAAAGGCAGGAGUUAAUCGACUGUUCCCACAAUUAUGGAAUGAAGCGAACUGACUUCGUUCGACUUCUUGAUGCUGAUCAGAUUUUGGAGGCAGAAAUGCGUGCUGCUAAAAUCCAGGAAGAGGAAAAGUUGCAGCAUUACCGCCGACCCAGGCGCAGACAUCGUGCCAGACACGAAUUUGAUAAGUAUGGUCCAAAUGCUUCAGGACCGAAAGUUGGACUUCUCAACGGACAGCCAAUUACUCGUCGAAAAAUCUACCUUUCCGGAGCUUCUUCGGACUCCGCAAGUUAUGGUUCACCAUCCUCAGAAGAAGAAGAACCCAUGUACAAACGACGUAGAUCCAUGCGAGAGGGUGGUGAAGGCCUCUCUUCCGCAAAACCCUCUCUCUAUGACUGCAAACGCCCAUCGGUGCUCAUUGGUGGCCUGACUCUAGUCGCCUUCUGUGAUCCCAAAAAGAGGCGUCGACGUUUCCGGGAUCGUCCAGGUAGAAGGUGGCGUUCAAGUCGAUCGAAAUCCCGAUCCUCGAGUUCUGACUCAUCUACUGCUGGUCGAUAUCGUCGUGGUGGUGGAAGGCGUUCAAAUAAAGUGGAAUACAUUACUACAUUUGGUGAUGAUGGGGAUGCUGGGGAUAGUCAGGAUGAACAUAGGGAAUUUUCUCUCUCCAAAAUCCCUCCUUUGUCUGGUGGACGUCCUAGUGAUGCGGCGUCCAAGGUUGCUGCCUCAGUUAUCUCUUCAAUGUUUAAAAACUCACCGAAGGCUAGUUCCCAAUCUAAGUCAGCGUUACCGGCGAAAUCUAAAGGGCCUCCAGCUUCAACUACUAGGUGA